CUCAAAUCUCUAACCUAAAUUAAGGGAGGCCCUCGGAUCCGUAGGUCUAUUUUCUCGCCAAACAAAGCGGUGGACAGAAGUUUCGUUUUCCUCUGUUUUUUUUUCCCUUCUUUGCGAGCGAUUUAUACAGCCUGCCCCUCUCCGACUUUGUGACUUUGUGACAAUUUGUGAGAGAUCAUGGGGCGUGGUGGUUAUUAUCGACGGAGGGCUGAAAGGCGUGGGCCAUUUUGGUCUCCUGAUCCAGACGAGACUAGAGAGAGGUUAAUUAAAGCUGCAGCUGCCGAGGGUUUUACUAGUAUGGCGGAAUAUUCUAUGCACCUGCUGCUACCUAACAUUUCUACAAGAUGCAAGUACCUUUCCAAAAUCUUGGAAGAGUGUAUGAGCAAAUAUGGCAACGAAAGCCACGAAUGUGAAAUGAGGAGGGAGUACUUUGAUUCUAUGUGUGGGGAUGUGAAGAAAGGUGCCUAAGUUCUUGCUCUGGUAUGGUUCGUUUACACAACAUUUGGUUUUGUGGCUUCUACUCGGCUGUUUUUGUCCAGUGUUUUCUAGGUAUUUUGAAAUGAAUUUGAGGAUGUAUUACCCUAUAUGAGCAAUAAUAUUUGCCUCAGGAAGAUCUGAAUAUAAAAGUUUCAGUAGCUGGUUUUCAUUAUCAGUAUGAUACACCUUGUAUUCUUGUUGUAGUGGUUCUUCUCUUUGUUCCUUUAGGCAUUUUUAUGUGAAUUUUUGUGGGUCUGUAAGUUACUUCAUAUGUGGUUAACUUUAGCGGUUAGGGACUUGCAGAUUUCUGAUAGAAGGCUUGCCUUUGGGUGUGUAGUUGGAGGCUUUGGUACGGUCCCAUGGUAAAGUUUUUCUUGGACUUCCACUUUGCAAGAGGAUUGGUUAAUAAUAAAUCAGGGUUUUGG